UUCACAUGCUUAUGCUACUACAUUGCGGCUUUAACACAAUCUAGAGAAGGAGAAAAACUGCUAUACCACCAAGCCAUUUCUCGUGCUUCGAAGACUUAUGAUGUACGUGCAUAUAUUUGCCUUACAGCUGUUUCCAGUAGUAAUACUUUGUAUACUUGGUCCUCAGGCACCCAGCAGUACAGCAGGGGGAAACAUAAAAGCUGAAAACCUUGUCGUUGGAAGAUAUGCUACCUCUGUUCAAUAUCUGGACGAAGCCACGUUCCAUGUCCUAGAUCUCUAUCUGAACGCACAAGCCAACCAAACGCCGUCCAAUGGAGGUCAACACGAACAUGCAGAUCGACUGCAACACCCAUCAUCCAUCUACCAUUGCUCCGUUCCAGACAAUUUCAUCGCAUGCUCUGCCCUCAAUCCAUCACAUCAUGUCAUUCGCUCAUAUCAUCUCCAGCAUCGUCAUUCAUGAAAGAAAAGCAGUAUCAAGUCAUAGCAUGCGUUCGUGUCCACUCCUUUGCUGUUGCAAUAGCAGCUUGUUCGUCCUCCUUCCAUCUCUUUGCAACUUCGGGUGCCAGUGGAUCAUCUGGGUUUGGUGCACCGAGAAGGGCUUGGAUCGAGAGAAGGAUGGUUCGAAUUUGGAGGGCUGGUGACCAGUUAC